AUGUCUAGGGAAUGUCCUCAAAAUAAGAAUCAGAUGCAGAAGAAGAGCGCCGAUCGAGUUUAUACUUUGGAUGCAAGGAAGGCUAAGAGAAACAUUGCCUUAAUUGCUGGUACGUGUCUCGUCAAUAAUCAUCCUUGUUUUUGCAUGAAGCGGCUUGGCUUGCAAGCAAUUCCUUUGUCUCCUCCUAUGGUGGUUACUACCGCCAUGGAAGAUGUGGUUGAGACACCGUUGAUUUGUGAAAAUUGUUCGCUCUCGGUGAAUGGUAGAGUUUUCCAGAUUGAUCUUAUUUGUUUACCACUUAAGAAGGUUGAUAUGGUUUAUGGGAUGGAUUACCUCUCCGCCAAUUCGAUGUUCAUAGAAUGUGAAGAUAAGUUGAUUAUCAUUCCAUCUAGUGAAGCUACUCCAAAGGAUGUAUUAACUACUAUCUUGGAAGGUACGGUUGGCAUGGUUCAUUUCUUAUUUAAGAAUGAAAAGUCAGUUCUCUUGGUGCUUACCAAGGAAUAUAUCGAUAAUCUGAGUGUUACACAAAUUCUUGUCGUUUGUGAAUUUCCGGAAGUUUUCCCUGAGGAUGCCACCUCUCUUCCUCCUUAA